AGUGUGACCUUUAAGAUAAAAUAAAAGAACACAAUAUUAGAUUUACUUUAAAGAUAUGGGAAACACUCAGCCAUGGAGGACUUUGCCAAAGGACAAUCAGAAGACCCUGGAUUUUCUGAAAUCAUACAAACCUCAUAAUAAAGAAGCUGACCAUCUCAGAAUUCUUCUUCUUGGGCCAGUUGGUGCAGGCAAAUCCAGCUUCAUCAACUCUGUUGACAGUGUCUUACAAGGCAGAGUUACUGGUCGAGCUUUGACAGACACAAAUUCUGCAGCUAGUUUCACCAGGAAGUACAAAACGUAUAAAUUCGUCAAAAACGAUCAAAGUUAUUGUUCGUUUGUUUGCAAUGACAUCAUGGGCAUGGAGGAAAAGGCUGGUGGUGUUCGUGUGGAAGACAUUAAACUUGCCCUAAGGGGGCAUGUGAAAGAAGGUUACAAGUUCAUUCCAGAACAACCACUGAAAGACGAAGAUCUAGGCUACAACUCAUGUCCCAGUCUGAAUGACAGCGUUCAUGUUCUGAUCACUGUUAUUAAGGUUGGCUUAGUGUCUUUACUAAGUAAGAACACUGUGGACAAGCUCAGAGAUGUCAGACUGACAGCCAGUGAAAUGGGUAUUCCCCAACUGGCUGUUCUCACUCACGCUGAUGAAGCUUGCCCCACAGUAAACAAGAAUACAAUGAACAUCUACAAGAGCAAGUACCUGAAGAAACAGGUUGAAAAAUUUAGCCAGCUGCUUGGCCUCCCAGUGAAUUGCAUCUUUCUUGUGAAGAACUACAGUUCAGAAAUCAAGACAGAUGACGCCACUGAUGCUCAUAUCCUGUGUGCACUGAAACAGAUGAUUGACUUUGGAGAAGACUUUCUCAAUCACCUGAAUGACUGAAUCUAAGACUGACUGCAGCAGUCACCAUGUAGUAAAGUGUGAGGCU